AUGGACUCCAUGGAAUCAUGCGUGCCCCCGGGGUUCAGGUUCCACCCCACCGACGAGGAGCUCGUCGGCUACUACCUCAGGAAGAAGGUGGCCUCCCAGAAGAUUGACCUCGACGUCAUACGCGACAUCGAUCUCUACCGCAUCGAGCCAUGGGAUCUCCAAGAACAUUGCGGGAUUGGGUACGAGGAGCAGAACGAGUGGUACUUCUUCAGCUACAAGGACCGGAAGUACCCGACGGGGACGCGGACCAACAGGGCCACCAUGGCCGGGUUCUGGAAGGCGACGGGCAGGGACAAGGCGGUGAACGACAAAAGCCGCCUCAUCGGCAUGAGGAAGACGCUCGUCUUCUACAAGGGAAGGGCUCCCAACGGGCAGAAGACCGAUUGGAUCAUGCACGAGUACCGGCUCGAGACCGACGAGAAUGCGCCACCACAGGAAGAAGGCUGGGUGGUGUGCCGGGCGUUCAAGAAGAGAACAGCGUACCCAGCAAGGAGCACGGCGAUGGCAUGGGACCCCAGCUACGCCUACCGCGAGGUCAGCGCCAUGGGCGCGGCGGCGGCGGCGGAGGCGGCGGCGUUCGUGGACCCCAAUAACGCGGCGUACGCGCAGAUCAGGCGCCAGUCCAACAGGAGCGCGCGCUUCAAACAGGAGGCCGAGAUGGACGGCGCUGCCGCCGCGUUGCUGCAGUACUCCUCCAGCCACCUAGUCGAGCUGCCGCAGCUCGAGAGCCCUUCGGCGCCGCUCGCGCCGGCCAACCAGAGCCAGGCGUCAGCCGCUGAUGAGGUGGUGGACGGCGCCGACAGCGGUAGGCGGCCGGGCAAGAAGGCGCGGGCCGAUAAGGUGGCCACGGACUGGAGGGCGCUCGACAAGUUCGUCGCGUCACAGCUCAGCCCCGCGGUGGAGUGCGGCGGCAGCUUGGAGGCGGCCGCAGCAGCAGCGUCGACGGCCGCCGCCAGCAACGUGGGCUCACAGCUGGACCACGUUGAGGAUGAUGACAUGGCGGCAUUACUGUUCCUCAACAGCGACGGGAGGGAGGAAGUGGAGAGGUGGACGGGGCUGCUCGGCCCCGCCGGCGGGGACGGCGACUUUGGACUGUGUGUGUUCGAGAAAUGA